AUGUCUGGCCGUGGUAAAGGUGGAAAAGGUCUUGGUAAAGGAGGCGCUAAGCGUCACCGUAAAGUGCUUCGCGAUAACAUCCAGGGUAUCACCAAACCCGCUAUUAGGCGCCUGGCUCGCCGUGGAGGAGUGAAGCGCAUCUCGGGCCUCAUCUAUGAGGAGACUCGCGGCGUGCUGAAGGUCUUCCUAGAGAACGUGAUUCGGGACGCCGUCACCUACACCGAGCACGCCAAGCGAAAGACAGUUACUGCAAUGGACGUGGUUUAUGCGCUGAAACGCCAGGGGCGCACCCUCUAUGGAUUCGGCGGCUAA